AUGGCAGGCAUCGUGCCGGCCAGUAUCAUGGUGCAGACCCUAGGAGCUAGAAGAUCGGCUGCCAUAGGAGACAACGAGGCUUUGAGGAAGGCUCCUGGCAUCGGUCUAGUUGAAGGAGGCUGGCUUGUCGAGAAGAGGACGCCCCAUCCCCUUCCUCCUUGGAUCCCUCCCCUCCCUACGACUAUUCGUCCAAGGAAGGAGGCGCUGAAGGAGGCAGUGGAAUAUGAGGCCCCGGCCAUCUUCACCGACUGCUCGAAGCAUGGCGACGGCGCUGGCGGCGCUUUUAUAGCGAUUAUUGAUGGCUCUGCUGUUGAGAAACAGUCAUUUCGGCUGCCUCGAUAUGCAACCAUACACCAAUGUGAACUGGAAGCGAUUCGUCGCGCUUUGAGAUGGAUCGCCUUCUCAGAGCACAAAGGCAUCGAUAUUCUUCUUCUUCUUCUUGCGCAGCACCCCUUCGACCAGGCGAGCUCAGUCACUGUCUGA